AUGUUCUGGACUCCGCCGGAAGGUGUGGAGCCCCAGCCCCUGACGCCGGUAUUGGAGAAGCCCGAAGUUCCUGACUCCCCGUUGCCUUACUUGGACACAACCACCAGUCGCCGGAAGUUUAAUGGAAGGAAUGAUGAUAUCGAGGAGGAGGAGGAGGAGGAAGUGAUUCCGCCAUCGGCUGUGCCAUUUCUGGCAUUGUUUGCCUGUGCAGACGGGCUUGAUUUUCUUCUGAUUAUGUUGGGUUCGUUAGGUGCUGUUGUUCAUGGUGCAUCCCUCGUAGUGUUUUUACAUUUAUUUGGAAAGAUUAUUCAUUUAUUGAGCUUACGUAAUAAUGCAGAUCAACUAUUCGACCAUUUUUCCCAGUAUGCUCUGUAUAUCGUGUAUAUAGGCUUAACUGUUUUUACUGCUGGAUGGAUUGAGGUUUGGUGUUGGAUUCUUACUGCUGAAAGACAAACUGCUGUAAUUAGGACCAAAUAUGUUCAAGUUAUAUUAAACCAGAACAUGACCUUUUUCGAUACAUAUGGAAACAAUGGGGACAUAGUCAACGAAAUCUUGACUGAUGUUCAAGUCAUCCAAUCUGUUAUUGGUGAAAAGGUUGGGAAUUACAUUCAGCACAUAGCAACAUGCUUGGGUGGACUUGUCAUUGCAUUUUUAAACAGCUGGCAGAUUGCAUUUGUAGCAUUAGCAACAGGCCCAAUAAUCAUUGCUGCAGGUAGGAUUUCAAAUGUAUUUUUCUAUAGGUUUCAAGAAAACCUUCAAGAUGCUAAUGAUCAUGCUGCAAGUGUUGCUAAAGAGGCACUAUCAAACAUUAGGACACUAUAUGCAUUCACAAAUGAAGCAUUAGCCAAGCAUUCUUACGCUUCUUCUCUUCAAGAUACAUUAAAAUAUGGGAUCAUUAUAAGUCUUGUUCAAGGACUUGGAUUUGGAUUCACAUAUGGAUUUGGAAUGUGUUCUUGUGCUUUACAACUUUGGGUUGGAAGGUUUUUGGUCACAACUGGAAAAUGCACAGGUGCUGAAAUCGUGACAUCCAUUUUCGCUAUAGUUUUAAGUGGCCUUGGGUUGAAUCAGGCGUCUAGGAAUUUGUGUUCAUUUGAGGAAGGGCGUAUAGCUGCAUACAGACUGUAUGAGGUUAUAAGACAUGCGGGGUCUACUUGUACAGAUGAUGAUUCAGAUGGACAUAGUUUAGUUUGUGUUCAAGGAAAGAUUGAGUUUCGGAAUGUUUAUUUUAGCUAUCCUUCUUGUCCUGGGAUUUCUAUCUUGAAUGGAAUUUACCUUACUGUCCCUGCCAAGAAAACUGUGGCACUUGUGGGAAGAAGUGGAUCAGGAAAAAGCAGCUUAAUUCCUCUUUUGGAAAGGCAUUAUGAUCCAACUUUGGGUUCUGUUCUUUUGGAUGGAGUAAACACUAAAACCCUAAAGCUAGAAUGGUUGAGACGCCAAAUAGGACUUGUUACAAAAGAACCAGCUUUAGUAUCUUUAAGCAUAGCAGAAAACAUUGCAUAUGGACGCCCUGACAUCACUUCAGAACAGAUCAAAAAAGCUGCAAAAUUAGCACAUGUGCAUACAUUCAUAACCUCCCUUCAAAAUGGAUAUGAAACCCACGUGGAUAAACUUGGUUUAGAAUUCACAGAUGAACACAAGAUUAAAAUUUCUAUUGCUAGAGCUGUUCUUUCAAACCCUCCAAUUCUAUUGCUUGAUGAAGUUACAAGUAAUCUUGAUUUGGAAGCAGAAAACGGUGUUCAUGAAGUUUUAAGGAUGAUUACACUUGGGAGAUCAGCGGUCAUGAUCGCUCGGAGAUUAAGUCUUGUAAAAGAUGCUGACUUUAUUGCUGUUGUGGAAAGUGGUCAAUGUGUUGAGAUGGGUACACAUGAUGAACUGAUCAACACACAUGGUGUUUAUUAUGAGCUUCUUAAAUGUGAACAAGUAGUCAAACUUCCUGAAAGAUUACCAAGUAAGAAUCACAAUGAAAGGGUAGAUGAUGAUGCCCCUCAGUUAAAAGAGAAAGAUCAAAAUUCACCAUCUUUAACAAGAGUCAUGAAGCUAAGUUUACCAGAGUGGAUGUAUGCAGUUUUGGGAAGUGUAGGGGCUUCAAUUUAUGGAUCUUUUAGACCUAUUCUUGCCUACAUUGUUGGGUUGAUAGUGACUUCAUAUUAUAAAGCUGAUAAAAGCCAUAACAUUCAAAUUGAAGUUAACAAAUGGUGCUUGAUAAUCGCAUGUAUGGCUAUCGUUAUUUUAGUAGCCACUGUUUUGCAACAUUUUUACUUUGGAAUUGUGGGAGAAAAAAUAACAGAAAGAAUUAGAAGGAUGAUGUUUUCAGCCAUGGUUGAGAGUGAAGUAGGAUGGUUUGAUAAAGAAGAGAAUAAUAGUGACAAGUUGUUGACACACUUGGCUAAUGAUGCCACGUAUGUUCGUGCUGCUUUCACUGAUCAGCUUCCUAUUCUUGCCCAAGACUUUUCUGCUGCUUUUACUGCUGUAAUUAUUGGGUUGACUCUCGAAUGGAGGUUGACCAUGGUGGCGUUGACCACCAUACCAUUUCUCACACUCUCUGCAUCUGCACAGAAAACAUGGAUUUCUGGAUUCUCACGUGGCAUCGAGAAGCUUCACAAGAAAGCAUCCAUGGUUCUACAAGAUGUAGUGGGAAACAUCUCUACUUUCAUGGCGUAUUCUGCUGGAAACGAAGCAUCAAGGCUUUACAGUUUAUACCUAAAGAAAGUUUACAGAAAAACUUUCUAUCAUGGAAUGUCUGUAGGAUUCAUGUUUGGGUUUUCAAGAUUCAUCCUCUUCGCCUGCAAUUCUGUUCUACUUUGGUACACCUGUGUUUCUGUAAAAAACGGGAAUAUCGAUCUUCCAACAGCUCUUAGAGAAUACAUCGUUCUCUCAUUUGCAACUUUCGCACUAGUGGAACCAUUUGGGCUCGCGUUUAACAUACACAAGACACGAAAAACUCUCACUAGGGUUUUUAAGAUCAUCGAUCAUGUUUCUGAGAUUGAUAAAGCUUCUGCACUUAAACCAGUUAGCGCGUAUGGGACAAUCGAGUUUAAAAAUGUCGAUUUCUGUUACCCAAAUAGUCCGGAAAUCAUGGUGUUGAGAGAUUUUACCGUGAAAAUCGACGGCGGACAUACGGUGGGUGUAGUCGGAGUUUCCGGUUCCGGUAAAAGCACGAUACUUUCUCUGAUUUUAAGAUUUUACAAUCCGAUUUCCGGGGAGAUUCUUCUAGAUGGAGAAGAUUUGAGAAAAUUCAAUCUACGAUGGCUAAGGAACCAGCUAGGGUUUGUCCAACAAGAACCGGUAAUCUUCGCGACGACGAUUAAACAAAACAUAACCUACGCGAGACGUAAUGCGAGCGAAACUGAAAUCAAAGAGGCGGCAAGAAUCGCAAACGCUCACCAUUUCAUAAGCAGUUUACCAAACGGAUACGACACUCUGGUGGGUCCCGGUGGCGUGGAGUUAACGCCAGGACAGAAACUGAGAAUUGCGAUUGCGCGUGUGGUGUUGAAAAACGCACCGAUUUUGUUGCUUGAUGAAGCUGAUGGGACGAUUGAACAUGAAUCGAGACGUGUGGUGCAGGAGGCUCUUGAUACGCUUUUGAUCGGAAGUAAAACGACGAUUUUGGUUGCGAGAAGGGCGGCGAUGAUGAAACGAGUUGAUAAGAUUUUGGUUGUCAAUGGAGGUCAAAUUGUGGAGCAAGGGACUCAUGAUUCGCUUGCGGCGAUGAAAGAUGGUGUUUAUGCGAAGUUGACACAGCCUUGUUUUGUUACAGGACUUCGGCCUCAAUUUAUUGGUUCUACAAGGUAA